AUGGUGCUACAAAAUCCAACUGUCCUCAUUACGGGAGCAAACCGUGGUAUUGGGUUACAUCUUUGCAAAGAGUUCAUUGUCAAAGGAUAUACCGUCUUCGGAUCGGUGCGCCCGGCGAGUCGUGAUGAUGCAAGUGUAGAAGAGUUGAAAAAUACCGGAGCGAGCAUCAUUGAGUUAGAUGUCACGGAUGAAGACAGUAUUGCUGCUGCCUUUGACUCCUGGGGUGAUAAAACUCUAGACAUCUUGAUCAACAACGCCGGAGCUCCUCCGCCUCCCAGAAUGUGGAAUGAGGUCACAUCUGAGGCUUUGAUCGACAAAUUUCGUGUCAAUACCGUGGGGCCUUUCUUAGUCUCUAAGGCCUUCAUGCCAGCUCUUCAAAUGAGUACAAACCCGAAAAUUGUCAACAUAGCCUCAAAUUCAGGCCAGAUUGCUGCAAAGACUGACGGAAAGUAUAUGGCGUACAGUGUCUCCAAAACCGCUCUCAACCAAGUCACCAAGUCUCUGGGUAUGCAGAUGGAGAUGAUUGGGAGCAAAGUCUUAGUUGUUGGUAUUCACCCUGGGUAUAUUCCAACAAGACUCACCAAACAUGUUGGGCCAGAUAAGAUGGAGGUGCAAAUUCCCAAGAUUGUUAACACAAUCAGAAGUUUAGACUCCUCACAGAAUGGUGGAUUCAUGGACGCCGAAGGAAAUCCUAUGGAGUAUUGA